ACACUUCACCCACCCCUCCAUCAGCAUAGUGUGACAUUAGCUCAACCAAACAAGAAUCAUGGAUGACUGUUCACCCACCCAAUCCUUCCCUAACCCACUCCACCAUCACCACCGCCCAUCCCUUCACCUCACUUUGCCCAGCCUUCAGAGCCUAGGAGCUGGGUAUCAACCUGCGCUGGACCCCCUGGAGCAGUAUGGAAGCAGAGGGGAACAAUCCGCAGCGUCUUUCACGAAUUCAAGAAACUCCUCUGGGGGGAGAAAGGGGAGCAGUGGCGGAGAUAGAGGAUUUCAAAACACAAAUGGUAGUGGUAUGGUUGGAGAUGAUGGCUUGAGAGGCCAUCGUGACAGAGAUGGCGGACUGGGAGGUCAUUUUGCUGACGCCUGGUGUGGUGGUAGCAAGAAAGAAGAAAUAUGGGAAGAUGGUGAAAGCUCUACAGAUGUUUUUUACAGUAAAGCUGAUUGCUACAAUAACACAAAUGGAGCUUUUUACACCAUGAACUGUGGCAGCGAGGAAGGACUCAGGUGUAAACUCAGAGCAAAUUAUAAUAACUAUACCCAGGUUAGCUGUGAUGCUAAAAAUGAAGCGGUUUACAAUAGAGAGGCUAAUUAUAGCCACUUUACUAAGUGCCACAAUAGAAGUUCUGCAGGAAGCUUGAGUGACAGCACUGCAGGUUAUUGUCGGACUGAUUCAAGAGUGAGCGAUAACUAUUUAGGGAGAGAAGAAGACUAUGGGUCCAGCUGUGGGUCGGUUGAGGAUCAGCUUCAGCAAGCAGAGGUGGAGGCUCCUUGGCACAGCGUGUCUCCCUCAAAUCAGACUGUGGAGGGGAGGUGGAGAGGAGAAGCAGACGCCAUUCCUUCGACCGCGGGAUGCCUACCCCUGAGGUCACCUAUCACCAUCAGCAGUGGGACGUACACUCAGAAACUGGACUCCUUCUCCGAGGCGUUCCUCUCCCAGCGAAAGAGACGAUUUCCCGUUAUUCAAAGUGGGGAUUCCUCUGGACAGUUGUGGGAGUUCGGAGAAACGCCUGGAUUUGUCAAGUCGAGUCACAGCUGUGCUUUUGAUUCAGACUCCUACCUGCCGCCUGUCUCCUUCUCUUCCCCCGUUCACCACUCUCUUCCAUCCUUCCCCUCUCCUCCCACAUCGUCUCAGCUCGUGUCUUCAGUUCUCAGUCCUCCUCCCACACCUCUACCCCCUCCUUCUCACUCGCCCUCCAAAAUGGACUCUCCCAGCGCGUCUGGAGGAAAUGGACAAGAAUCACUUGGUACGCUCCAGUUUUUCACAUCCCGCCUUCAGCCUCUCCCAUCUGUCCAUUGCUCUGGGAUGAUGUGGAGGUUUCCUCUGCUGUCACACAACUUUCCACAGUCGUCAGGUGACGCCAGCAGCAGUGACAACAACAUAAGAUCAUCCCAUGUUUCUCAUUAUGGAAAUAUUACUGCUGCACAUGACACCCUCCAGUCUCCUGAGUCGCCUUUCCUCACUUCCUCAUUCCAUCAUUCGUCCCUCCACCCUUCACCCAGAGACCUCUGUCCCUUGAACACUCCGUCCCUCCGUCUUCCCUCUCCUCCAUCUCACCUUUCCGGCCCAAAUAACAAGGCAGCAGAAGAUAUAGCUCCAUACUUGGUGAGCCAGAAAGUGAAGAAUGGACCAGCCGCUCUGCAGCAACAAGUCUCUCCUGUCUACACUGGAACUCAAUUUCCCAGUGUCCUUCACGCCAACAUGGCUCAGAAGAGGGGACACUACACUCCACGACCCCUCCUCAAUCCAAUCCGCAGAGGGACGGGGCUGUACUCCUCCCUCUUAUCGCCCCAUCACAAGGAGGAUAAACCGGCAUUCAGAGAAGAGGAAGAGGAUUGUGGUGUUUUACGGUGUUUGAAUGUAGGUUUUGAGUUCCAGGCAGAGCUUCCACCAUGCCGUGUUCAGAAAGAUGGGUCAGGCGCAUGGUCACGAGAUGACGAAGCUACCAGGGAACAGUUGCUCUGGAAACCAUGGCAGGAGCUGGAGAGUGCCAACUUACAAAAUCAAGUGGAGAAGAUGCUGUCAUUGUGUAGUUCGAGCUGUCUACCAGGAGGGGGCAGUAACACCGAGCUGGCUCUGCACUGUCUGCACCACUGCCAGGGAAACACACUGGCCACUCUGGAGAUGCUGCUGUGCUUGCAGCCCACUUCAGCAGGAGACUACCACUACUCUGGCAGUGAUUUUUGGACAGACGCUGAAAAGAGUCUCUUCGGUGCAGCUCUGGGUACUUACGGAAAAGACUUCUCAGUUAUACACAAAAUGGUAAAGACCAAGACGGUGAGCCAGUGUAUUGAGUUUUACUACCUGAGCAAGAAACUUGUGGACAAGCAGAGGAAACAGCAGGAGGAAGAGAACAGAGAUGAAGAGCUGGAGCAGCAGAAAAAUAUGACGCCCAUCUGUCAGCCAGUGGAGAGACAGUUUGGGCUGGCGGAGGCGGUUCCUGUGCACUCAUUGGCCAGCUUCUUCCCCUGCAAGCUGUGUGGCAAAAUGUUCUACAAAAUCAAGUCCCGUAACGCUCACAUGAAGAUCCACCGCCAGCCUCAGGAGGACUGGGCCGACAGGCGGCUACAGCACCAGCUCCUCACGCAGCGUCUGGCCCUCAGCCGUUCCGCCAACCUCAUGCCCACCUCAGGCAGUAACCUGCUCCCAUCUCAUGCUCCACCUCUGGCCUUUACCUCCUCUGGAACAUCACGCAACAGCAGCAAUGCAGACAAUAUCCUCAACUCUAUAACCAGCAGCAACACCAUCACUCCCAGCAAUGCUGGUGGCCGAGAGCCCAGCACUGCAGUAACAUAUAACAACAUCACUGCUUCCAACGCUCAUGUGAUCACCAGUGUUGAUGCUGGUGACUCAAACCAAAGAGAGCCCACCUCUGUCUUACCUUUCCACCAGUCAUGGAGCUCAUUUGGACAUGGCCCCACUCAUGCAGUCUUCUACUGCAACACAGAUGGGAAAGAGGAUGCUGCAGAUGGGACAGUGGGAGGAAAGGAGCCAAUCAACUGGCAGUAGUUUUAAACUCUGCCAAAAGCAUUACCAUCAGUGAAGUGUUUCCAACUGGAAUUCAAGCUCAUUUUAAUUCAAGUUUAUGUAGCUUUUUCCCUGCAACACUUUCCAUUUUUUUUACGUUAAAAUAGCAGCUUUAAAAUUAGUUUGAUGGGUCACUGACUUGGAAUAUGGAGAAUUCGUUCCUACGGCUCACUCCCAACAUCUGUUCUCGCUUUACGUGACUGGUGAUCGGGCCUAGCAAGUUCAAGAGUAACGCAGAACUAUAGAUCAGCGUUUAUAUCCAGUUUUCAGCAAGGACACUUAAAAUAUGAAGAAUUCUAAGCAGAAUUUGAGGUUUUUGUUUUGUCAGCAGCUCUUCUAGUUCAGAAAGCUAGGGGUCAUGGGUAAUACCCACCAUUCAGUUGUGUUUAAGGGACUACGCAGUCAGAGCUCUAGUCAAGAGUUUUUUAUGCACUGCAUGACAACUAACAUAAUUGCUCAGACACAGAGCCCAACAGAAUUUAUCACCACAGGUGGGUGCAGUGGGCGCUGUA